GAGAACUGAUGUUUGGGUUGCGCGCCAGCUAAGUUACGGGUCUAGAAACACAUUUCGAAAACGACUUCUGGUGCCGUGCAGUGGACCUGUUGCAGCCUGCGCCUUACGUAUCAGGAUGGAUCAGAUGCAGAAUUUCUCUUCUCAUAGAUCUCCAGUUUUUUCAAGAACAGGAUGUGUGUCAUCAAACAAUCCACUUGCUACUAAGGCUGGCAUAGAUAUUCUUCAGCGUGGUGGUAAUGCUGUGGAUGCUGCAGUUGCUGUGGCUGCAGCAAUGGCUGUUGUGGAACCAAGUAGUACAGGCCUGGGUGGAGAUGCUUUCUGUCUCUAUUACAAUGCAAAUGAGAAGAAAGUCUAUGGACUAAAUGGAAGUGGCCGAUGUGCAGCUGGUCUUACUUUGGAUAUACUAGCAGCAGAGGGCUAUAAUGCCCAGAAUCCUCUUCCUGAUCGCCAUGUCCACAACGUAACAGUUCCAGGGACUGCAGCUGCAUGGAGUGAUGCUGUUAGUCUCUUUGGAUCUGGCCAGCUUACACUGUCUGACUUGCUGACCCCAGCAAUUAAUCUAGCUGAAAAUGGUUUCCCUGUAACACCUGUUGUUGCUGACUUAUGGAAGGAAAGUGAAUCACUUCUACAAUCACAGCAAUAUGGAAGUGAGCUUCUACUGAAUGGACAAGCCCCAAGAGUAGCAGAACUCAUGAAAAUACCUACUAUGGCAGAGUCACUGAAGGUUCUUGCACAGGAAGGAAAGACAAGCUUUUAUACAGGUCAUAUAGGACAAGCUAUAGUUGCUGAAGUUCAAAGACUUGGAGGUUAUUUAGCACUGGAUGAUCUCAAAGAUCACACAAGUACUGAAGUGCAGCCCAUUUCUGUAGAUUACAAGGAUUACACUGUUUGGGAAAUACCACCUAAUGGUCUUGGUAUCACAACAUUAAUGGCACUGAAUAUUUUAGAAGGUUACGAUAUUCAAGCACUGGGUCAAGGCUCAGCUGAUUACUUUCACCUUCUUAUAGAAAGCUUAAAGCUCAGUUUUGCUGAUAGCUUAUACUAUGUGGCUGACCCUGACAUUGUAUCAGUACCAACUUCAGGCCUUCUACAGAAAUCAUAUGCUGCAGAGAGAAGGAAGCUUAUUUCCAUGGAUACGGCAAGUGAUUACCCCGUCCAUGGGGAUCCAGAUAUAAAACAGAUGUCAGAUACUGUUUACAUGACAGUCACAGAUGCUGAAGGAAAUGCAUGUAGUUUUAUUAAUAGCAAUUACAUGAGCUUUGGAACUGGAAUUGUUCCUGAAGGAUGUGGAUUUGCUCUACAGAAUCGUGGGGCCCUAUUUACUUUAGAUCCAACAAAAAACAAUGUUCUUGCUCCAAAGAAGCGCCCACAACACACAAUUAUACCAAGCAUGGUAACAAAUGCUGAGACUGGCGAGCUUUUGGCUACGUAUGGCAUAAUGGGUGGAUUCAUGCAACCUCAGGCCCAAGUCCAGGUGCUACUCAACAUGGUGGAAUUUGGAAUGGAUCCACAGCAAGCCUUGGAUUACCCAAGAUUUUUUGUGGAUGUCAGUACAAGCCAGCCCUGGACAGUGUCACUGGAAUCUGGAAUACAAAGCGAGGUCUCUCAGCAAUUGGUCCAGAAAGGGCACAAAAUAACUUGGCCAGUAACAGGCUUUGAUCGAGGAACAUUUGGGCGUGGUCAUGUAAUAACCCGUGGUGCUUGGUUUGCUGGCACAAGUACAGAUGUGUACACAGGUGCUGAUGUAUGGUGGGCAGCUGCCGAUCCACGUUGUGAUGGCUACCCACAAACAUAUUGAUCUCAUAUGCGUGUACGAGCGCACUCACACAAAAAGUGUUAAAUGACAUGGUAGUGCUGUAAAUGCCAUGCAGGAUGAAACAACAAACAAUUUAUUAUUGAUACUGACGAAGGAACUAAUUCAGUUUAUUGCACAACAACAAAGAAAAAAGAAGACAUUUCCUUUUAAAAUUACAUCUGUGAGACAUUUGAA